AAAGCAUAUUUCCCCUUCAGGCCGGCAGAAGGAUUGAUACUCGAUCCAUUUAGGAAGCUUGUUGUGUUUAUAUUCUACUACUGCCACGUUCCUGGACUUACGUGAAGGUUCAAAACUUCAAAGGGUCGUUUUCUUGUUUCAUUAUUAGUUUGACUUUAUCUUGUGGUUGCUAAAUUAUUGAAGCAAAGAUGGGGAAGAAGAGCUUCUUGGCCAUGGAGAUUGAUUCAUCAUCAGUGGCGAGUGAUCUGAUAGGUUCAGAUUUGAAGGAGCUUGGAAUGGCAGCCAAGAAGCUGGCAAAUCAUGCCAUCAUGCUUGGUGGUGGGCUUGGCUUUGGGACAUCAUUCCUUUCCUGGGUUGCUUCCUUUGCUGCAAUUUACCUGUUGAUUCUGGAUCGAACCAACUGGAGGACCAACAUGCUCACAACUCUAUUGAUUCCUUACAUCUUCUUCUCUCUUCCUUCAUUGAUUUUCAGCUUCUUGAGGGGAGAUGUGGGCAAAUGGAUCUGUUUGAUUGCUGUUAUCAUUCGCCUUUUCUUCCCCAGACAUUUUCCAGAUUGGUUAGAAGCCCCUGCAGCUCUGAUCCUUCUGAUCGUGGUCGCUCCCGGGGUGUUUGCAGGCACACUGAGGGGAAUGUGGGUUGGUGUGGCAAUUUGCCUGAUUAUUGGGUGCUAUUUGCUGCAAGAACACAUCAGAGCCUCUGGUGGGUUCAGAAACUCCUUCACCAAAGCCCAUGGCAUCUCAAACACUGUUGGAAUUGUCCUCCUUUUAGUAUAUCCUGUCUGGGCUUUGGUUCUUGACAUUCUGUGAGUCAAAAAAAACACCAAAUCAGAACCAUUUGCGAUUGCCAUUCGUGUCGUUUGCAGUGUGCCUUUCAGAAAUUUGCUCAUUUCCACCAUUAAUGGCUAAACCUGCAAAGUUCUUGCAGGUCAUGUAUUAGUGUCUGGUUGUUGUGUGUGCAUAAAGAUACUGGAAAUUUAUAUAGUAAAAAGUAUUAUAUUGUCUGGUUUUGGAAA